AUGCCUCUCUGCCCCUCCUUCCCCCUUCGCGCCCCCAAGUCCCCCUCCUCAUCAAGCUGGCUAUCUCGACAAUCCCGCGACCCGUAUGUCAAGCAGCGUCUUAUGUACCGCUCGCGCUCCGCGUUCAAGUUGCUCGAGCUGGACGCGAAGUACGGGGGGUUCCUCGGGAAACGCGACGUGCGAGCGGUAGUGGACCUGGGCGCGGCGCCGGGCGGGUGGAGUCAGGUCUCCGCGGGGAAGCUGGGCUUGCCGAAUGAGCCUGAAGAGGACGCGGUCGCGGAUGAGGGAAGCGGUUCAGCUUUACCUCACAGCCAGCCCAAGCGCACUGGCCGCGGAAAGGACAGACUCGUAGUCGCCGUCGAUCUCCUCAGGAUGAAUCCCAUACCUGGCGUGAAGAUCCUGCAAGGCGACAUGCUCGCUCCUCAGACCUCCGUUCGGAUCAAGAACCUGCUGACUCGGCCUGGCAACCCUGAAGGGAAAGCGGACGUCGUCCUCUCCGACAUGGCCGCCAAUAUGACGGGGAACAGGAUCGCUGACUCGGAGAAUAGCUUGGACAUCUGUCGCGCCGUGUUCGCGUUCACGAAGGAUCACCUUAGGAGUGCGGAGAGCGUUGGAAGGAGGAGGGGCGGGGUGCUCGUGCUGAAGCACUUUGCCCAUCCGCUGAUGACUGAGUUCCGCAAAGAGUAUCUGGACCCGAGCUUCGCGGACGUGGCGUACGUCAAGCCUGACUCGAGUCGCUCCGAAUCGAACGAGGGCUACUGGGUCUGCAUGGGCUGGAAGGGGCUCAAUCCGAAGCCAGAGCAUUCGGAAAGCUAG